UCCGGAGAGAGAACUAUUUGAAGAGAGACUGCCGGGCAAUUGGGACUGGCAAACCAUACCUCCUCCACUAGCCGAGUUCAAAAUUUCUUCCGGCGUUACCUCCUAUUCUACCAUGUCUCCGUCAUUGAUUAUCUCAGAAAUCAAGGAGGAUGUGUGUCACAGCGGGCUGGGUCUCGCGGGCCUCCUCCACCAACAAGCCACAGUCCGCGGCAGCGCCGUCGCCAUCGAAGAGGGGCAACAUGAGUUGACAUAUGGCGACCUCCACGACAAAGCACUCUUUGUUGCCAACCAGAUUGACUGCCUCAACCAUGAAGACCCUUCGCCCGUGGGAAUCAUUAUCCCGCGGAGCAUGAACCAUGUGUUGUCACAAGCCGGUGUGAUCUACUCCGGCAGGGCGUGUGUUCCGCUGGACAACAAGCUCCCAGACGAGAUGUUGAAGGACAUGCUGCACAACCUGGGCUCCACGCUGGUCAUUACCGACAUGGUCCAGCAACAUCGACUGCCUGGCUUCAAGCACCUCGUCGUUGACCACCGGGCCAUCCCGGAUAACUUUCAGGCCAAGAUUUCCCCGAGCCAGAACGGGCCGCAGACGUGCUCUCAUGUAUUCCACACCUCCGGCACGACCGGCAAGCCCAAGGCGGUCGAAGCCUUUGCGGAGGGAAUGAUCAAUCUGGUCCUCGAUCCCGCGGAGCUGAUUCGAAAAGGACAGCGAGUCGGCCACGGGUCCAAUAUCAUCUUUGAUACCUCCCUGGUGGAGAUCUGGGGGCCGCUGCUGCGCGGGGCCACGAUGGUGGUGGUUCCGAUGGAGACGGUGCUUGAUCCUACGGCGCUCAGCACCUUUGUUAAGGAGAAAGAACUGAACGUGCUGCAACUCACGACCUCUCUACUCACAGUCACAGCAUAUGCCUGCCCGGAUGCCUUCUCGACGCUGGACACUCUGAUCACCGGAGGCGAGGCCAUCAACUGCCAGACGAUCCAAUCCAUCUUUGACGCGGGGGCACCAGGACGAAUCAUCAACGGAUACGGUCCGACGGAGGCCAGUGUAUAUGUUCUGUGGCACGACGUCUCGGAAGAGGAAGCACGCCGAGGGGAGAUUCCCGUGGGAAAGCCGUUUGGUAAUGUGGAGGUGUUCUUGGUGGAUGACCACCUGGGGCCGGUGCAGCCGGGAGAGGUGGGUGAGCUUCUCGUGUCCGGCGUCGGGGUUGCGGGAGGAUAUAUCGGAGACCCCGAGAAGACGGCCAAGAGCUUUUUGUACAUGCCGCAGAUGCGUCGGAAGGUGGAGCGCGGGCCCAAGCACAUGUACCGGACGGGAGACCUGAUGCGCAUGGAUGACAAUGGCAUUUACUACUACCUCGGACGAAAGGACAACCAGAUCAAAAUCCGCGGCCAGCGAGUGGAGCUGGAGGCGUUGGAGUCGGCUCUCGUCGGCACCGGUUUGGUCAGUGCGGCUGUGGUGGUCAAGAUCACCCCGGAGGAGGUUGACCGGGGGCAGUUCCUGCUUGCCUACUGCAUCCCGUCUGCGCCUGGGGUGGCCGAGGGCGCCAUCAUGAAAACCUACAUGGAGCAGGCGCCGCAUUUGAUGGUGCCACGGCUGGAACUGAUUGACGUCCUGCCCCUUCGAUCUACCGGCAAGGUCGACCGGAGGGCUUUGGAGGACCAGUACCACCAGAAGCUCAAGCGGUCGCGGGCUAAUGGAGUGAAUGGCAAUGCCAACGCUGGCAGAGUGGCGGCUAAGCUGGAAUACAUUUGGAUUGAUGUAUUCGGUCUCACGGUGGAGCAUCUGCGGCCAACAGACGACUUUGUGGUCAUGGGCGGGACCUCCUUGAUUGCCGCCACGAUGAUCGCCCGCAUUAAACAGACCUUUGGGAUUUCACUACGAGCUCAAAUGCUUUACGAGAAUACCAGCUUUGAGAAACUGACCCAAUUGGUCACCAACAUCCAGGUGAACGGGGACGACUCCACUAUCCAAGCCGAACAAGAUGUCUGGCUGCAGGACUCAAAGCUCGCCGAGCAUCUGCGGCCCAUGGGGGGCGUCAUCCCGCACUGGCCGGAUAAGAACGAAGGUCGAAUCUUCCUGACUGGUGCGACAGGCUUCGUCGGAGUGUUCCUCCUGGCGACUCUGGUGAAGCGGCCAGAUGUGAAGAAGGUUGCCUGUCUUGUGCGGGCUGAAGACCAGUCCGCUGCCCGGCGCCGACUCGAGAAGUGUCUCGAGAAAUACUGUCUCUCUGCCGACAUGGACAAGGUGAUUGCCGUGCCUGGCAACUUUGGGCAGCCCAAGCUGGGUCUGUCUCCGGAGCAAUACGACUACUUUGCUACCUGGGCCAGUGUCAUUUUCCAUCUCGGAGCCAAAGUCAGCUACGUAGCCCCGUACUCCUCUCACCGGCAGGAGAAUACGAUCGGAACCCUGAACAUGCUUGAGUUUUCCACCCACUGCCGAAUCAAGGCCAUGCACUACUCCUCCACGAUCGCCGCCUACGGGCCCACCGGACAUGUCACGGGCGCAAAGCUGCUGCUGGAGGACGAGCGCCCGGCUCCCCAUCUCGCUGCCCUGCCCUCUGAUACCGGGUAUGCUCAGAGUCAGUACGUGGCCGAGGCAAUUGUCUGGAAUGCGAUUGACAAUGGCUUCCCGGUUGCCAUCUACCGCCCGGGAUUCGUCCUGGGCCACAGCAAGUCGGGCAUCUGUAAUCCUGACGACUUUAUCUCCCGACUUUUCACCAGCUGCAUGGACAUGGGGUUGUACCCGGUGCUGCCCGAUCAGCGGAAAGAAUUCAUUCCGGUCGACUAUGUCGUGGACGCCAUCCUCCACGUCUCCCUGUCGCACGACAACCUCGGGCACGGAUACAAUCUGGUGCAGCCCGACCUGGCCAACGCCAUCGACAUCAACACUACCUUCGAUCUGUUGAAUCAAAUGUCGCCGUACCAAAUGGAAGGCGUCCCAUACGAGCAAUGGGUGAAUUCGCUGUCAGAGCGACUCGAUGAUCCCCUACACCCGCUGACCCCCAUGUUACGCGAGAAGGUGUUCGGCGAAAAGACCCGGUGGGAGGUGUAUGAGAACAUGGCCGAGUACGGACGGGAGAAUAUCCGACGGGCGUUGAGCGAUGCCCCGGAGAUUCUCAACCGGGAGCCGAUCGAGGUGCUUUUCCAACGGUCGCUGAAGAGCUGGCUGCCGUGUUUGGUGUGGCCCAAGCCGGUGCGCGUUCGAUCGGAGGCAGAGCGUUCCGCUGCUGACCAGACGGACGGUGCACAACCAGAGGCCAACGGGAUUCAUUAAAUACGACGAGAACAUAAGCAAGGGCACGAAGCAUACGAGGAAGAUGGGACGAAUAGGACUGAAGAAGAGCACCACCAGAAUCAGGAUGCCCCGGACAGAGGGGGUCCAAAUAAUGAUUGGAGUGGAUGGAGCAACUUGACACAUAACGAUUCACGAACAGACAUUUUAUAGCAAUCUCAGGUACUAAUAACAUUUGCUUAUCAGCGGGCCAAGACUCCUCAUCGUAACGCGGAAUGUCUCCCUUCCGUGUGCCUUCUCCGGGAUGAUCCUGACUGGUCGAUAUUCUGGUUGCCUGGAGGGUGAGUUUACCUUGCAUGUCUUGGAGACUAUGGUCCUGUUCAUAUUGAAUCCUGCCGCAAGGGCACUAGGCUGAAGCAUUAAUUGGAUCUAGAUCGAUACUCAAUAGUAUGUUAGAGUCUUGUCGCUUUUGGACUGAUCAGUUGUGGCCGUUUAGCAUCACCAGGCAAUGAUGG